CUUUUGGGUCGACAGGCUGAUCAGUUCAAUAAGCAGCAAAAGGAAAUUGACAGUUUUCUUCUCCGAAUUCAAGUAUUUUGCCCAUCUAAUCUUUCUCUCACAUUUUUUCUGCUCUAAAACCUUUACUGGAAACCGUACUAACUUGAUGAAUGGCUUCAUGUUCUCAUAUUAUUCCAGGGUUUUUGACAGCUAGCAUGGUUUUGAGUUCCUACUCCGACUUCGGAACUGAUGUUCAAAAUGUUAACUCGGAGCCAAUCAUUCAAACAAAAGCAGCUCAGGAUCAGCUUGUUGCAGGAGAUCAUCAGCUUGAAUAUUACUGCGAUGCAUUGGAGCUGCCUUAUGAUUUUCUUGAUCCUUAUAUUAACCUGAAUAACAAUUUGCUACACCCUGAAAACUACACUCCUUUACUUCCAUACUUCUCCCCAUAUGACCCUUUAGUUUCCUUCUUUCCAGAAACCAUCCCAUGUGAAAAUUUCGGCUCCUAUCCUUGCCUCAAACGACAAAAACUCACUGAAGAUCACUACUAUUGCUCAGAUUUGGUGCCUGCAGCUUUCUUUGAUGGGGUUGCUGUGAAUUCUUGUCCCGUGCCUGAAGAUCAAAGCAUGCGUCAAAAUAACUUGGAAGGAAAUGUGGGAAAUUACUGUAAGAAGAUUGGUGAAAGAUGCGUGUCAGUGCAAAGCAUUGCAGCGAGAGAAAGGAGAAGGAAGAUUACAGAGAAGACUCAAGAGCUUGGGAAGCUUGUGCCGGGUGGGAAUAAGAUGAACACAGCUGAAAUGCUUCAAUCUGCCUUCAAGUAUAUCAUGUAUUUGCAAGCUCAAGUUGGAAUCCUUCAAGUUAUGGACUCCUUUCUGGAAAAUGAGAAGGGGAGUUGCAAGGAGAUGAUGCAAAUUGUAACAUCUCCAAAGGUACAAGAAAAGCUUUACAUGGAAGACAAGUGCCUGGUUCCAAAGAAUGUUGUUCUGUCGUUGACACCACUUUCUAAACCUCCACUCUCUCAUCAACUCAGUCGGCUGUUAGCACCAUUAGCACCUUCAUCAUGA